AUGAAUCUCAGCUCACCAGUACACGCUGUGCCCGAAGAAGGAAAGAAAAGGAAGACGAAACUGAUCCGAUUGAGAAAUGGACACUACAGAAGAAUCGUUGACAUUUCGAAUACUGAUGACAGAAAUUUAUUAAUUCCCAAUAUAUGUAGCUGUGUCUGUGCUACCCGAGAGAAGGUUGAUUCAGAAAACGGGAUAAAAUCGGAAGACCUGAGAAAUGCCAAGAGGUUAAAGGAGUAUGACGAGAAGAGUGAUUACAUGGACUCCGAAAAAAAAGAAUCAUACACAGCUGCGGUAAACGAAGAGGAUCAAACAGAGAACCUGUAUUCUAAAACAAUCUCCUUCAGAUCUGUUACGCCUACAAGCCUAAGGAGUGAGGAUGGAGAAUCGAGCAGGAAACAGUCCCUGUUGGAUGGAAAGGAAGAAGAGGAAGAAGUGGUCGAGGAAGACGAUGUAGAAUCUACUGCUGAUGAAAAAGAGGAAAAAAAGAGAGUUCUACCUGAAGCAAAGAAACUAAUAGAACCAUCAAAAACGUUGAUGAGAGGAACCAAGACAAAUAUCUAUUUCUUGUCGAAUAAAGAAAUGGUACAAACUUUAAUGUGUUACAAUUACAAUUGCAAUGCUGUGGUGUUCGAAAAAGACACCUUCCUAAGGUACCUUUACAUGAAAUCUAUCAGCAACAUUAUACUGAAUGAGCGCAUGAUUGACGAGCUGUGCAAGCAGGAAGAUUUAAAAUAUGUCCUAACCAGUAAUGCCAUAGUUUUAGAGUCUACAGAUUUUCUCAAGCCACUCAUUAUAGAGUUUGAGUCAUCCAUUUCGAAGAGAGUAUUCGUUAGACAUCUCAAGCAUAACGCAAAAAAAGAAAUAGACAUAAAAAAGUAUCACGACUACUUAGGCGAACUUAACAACAACGAAAAAAUACGUCUCAUGAAGAUUGAAAGAUUCCACUCUUUGAAUAAGAUGAUCCAGUGCAACUGA